UUAUUUUGAAUGGCACUCUCAAAAUAGACGUUGGCCUUUUGGCACCUGGCACCCCACUUCACCUUACAACUUUCAAAUCAAAUCUUGCUCCUGUGCUUAUGUUCUUUCACACACACACACAAACACACACUGAACACAGCUUAAUAGUAGGAAAUAAGAAAUAGAGAAAACCAGUGGCAUUUGAUUAAGGAAACUGUUUUUGGAACAGGAAAAACCCAGCAAAGAUUGUUACUUUUUUUGAAAUGAAUUAGUCCCUUUUUGGGUGUUUUUUGUUUGGCUUUGUGUGUAAAUGGGAAGUGUGGGUAGGAAGAGCGAGAAGAAAGAUAGGCGUAAACUGAUUAGUGAUGACUCGGUGAGUGAGUCGAGAGGGAGCAGCCGUACCAGUAGCUCUGAGAGUCGAUCUACUUGUGGUGAUAAUUCUUUGGGUUGGCCGAUCAGAAAAGCUGCUAAUUGCUUGGGAGAUGAUGGCUCCCAAGGAAAAACCAAGCCCCAAUUGGCGGAUGAUUGUGGGUUGAAGAACAAGGGCUCAGCAGAUUCAGAAUCAGAGAUGAUGAAAGAACGGUUCGCGAAAUUACUGCUCGGUGAGGACAUGUCGGGAAGUGGUAAAGGGGUUUGCCCGGCAUUGGCCAUUUCUAAUGCCAUUACCAACCUCUGUGCUACUGUCUUUGGGCAAUUGUGGAGAUUGGAACCUUUGCCAACCGAAAAGAAGACAAUGUGGAAGAGAGAGAUGGAGUGGCUACUUUGUGCCAGUGACUACAUUGUUGAAUUGAGACCAUCUUGGCAAACAUUUCCUGAUGGAACUAGGCUCGAGGUGAUGACUUCUAGGCCAAGAUCGGAUCUUUUUAUUAAUCUCCCAGCUCUGCGUAAACUCGAUAACAUGUUACUAGAAAUACUCGAUGGGUUCACAGAUACAGAAUUUUGGUAUGUCGAUCAAGGCAUAGUGGCACCAGAGGCUGAUGGAUCAUCAGCCUCUUUCCGAAAAGCUGUUCAGCGGCAGGAAGACAAAUGGUGGCUGCCCGUGCCACGUGUCCCCGUAGGCGGCCUUCCUGAAGCCACGAGAAAGCAAUUGAGUAACAAGCGUGAAUUCGCAAAUCAAAUACUUAAAGCUGCCAUGUCUAUCAACAGCAUUGCUCUAGCUGAGAUGGACGUGCCCGAUUUGUACCUCGAAACUCUUCCAAAGAACGGGAGAGCGUGCCUAGGUGACGUCAUCUACCGUUACAUCACGUCGGAACACUUCUCGUCAGAGUGCCUGCUCGACUGCCUCGACCUCUCCUCCGAACACAUCGCCCUGGAAAUAGCAAACAGAGUGGAGGCAGCAAUUUACGUGUGGCGCCGGAGGCAACACCACGCGCCCCACUCCACCCGAUCUUCCGUGAAGUCGUCUUGGGAAAUCAUGAAGGAUUUUGUGACAGAUGGCGACAAGAGGGAGCUUCUCGCAGAACGGGCCGAAACCCUGCUCAAUUCCUUGAAACACCGCUUCCCGGGCCUCACGCAGACAACCUUGGACGCCUCCAAAAUCCAGUGCAACAAGGAUGUCGGGAAGUCCAUUCUCGAGAGCUACUCUCGAGUUCUGGAGAGCCUGGCGUUCAACAUCGUGGCCCGAAUCGAUGACCUGCUGUAUGUGGACAAUAUCACGAGGCAGUCGGACAAGCUGUCGUCGUCGGGUGGGCCCACUCUGAGCCUAAUCCCCCGCCAGCUGGCAUUGGUGCCCGUCUCGGGCACCCCGGCUCGAACAACAGCAUACUCGACCCCAAGAUUCUCCCCGGCCAAGGCCCAGCUGGUGGUGAGCCCUGCAGGGGUAGGGGAGCGGACGCCCUUCCUUGGGGCCCACGGCAACAAGCUUCCGCGCCGUGGGCUCGGGGUGAAAAGGGCCCUCACGAACUACCUAGGGGGAGGGGGUGGUGGGGGGUCGGGUUCGGUCUCGAACAGAGUUGUUGUUAGUGGUGGUGGUGAAGGGGCUGCUGCUGCGGUGUCACGUGUGAGUGUUCAAGGGAAAGAACGGGCGGCCAUCUCUGGUGGGCCUGUGACUAGACAGAUGGACCGGUAGAGAGGGAACCGACUGUGUUGUGUUCUUUCUUAUUUCUCGUUUAGCGUCUUUUUUUUAAUGCAAUGUUUUUAUAAGAAUGAGGAUUUUUUAGGGAUGUGUGUGGAGGGUCGUGUGUGUUGAUUGAUGUGUAGUUACUCAUAUCAGUUGUGUGUUGUUAUAUCUGAGUGAAUUUAUGUGGUGCUUCAACCAAAUGCGCGCGUGCAUUGUAUACGAAUGAGCCUUCCUUCAGUUUGGUUAUUAUAAGUUAGGAAUUAGGACAUAAGCAGAAAUUAAAGAGGGUAUUCAGGACCGCCCUCAGACUCGUGUAGAUGAAUAUUGAUUGGAAAUUUCAGGAAAACUACGUUAAAAAAGGUUAAAAUUGUGUCAGUUUUUCUGUGGUCUGAAAAG